GUGUGGUUGCUAUGAUACCAGGUGACUGGAGAUGCUAACACAUGAACUGUCUGUAGGUAGCAUAUUGUAACAAUAAAUUUGCUUAAACAUGUCGGACACAGACGCAGUUCACGGAGGUCAAAAGCAGAAGGACGUGUUCUCCACUCUGCUGGCUGUUGGAGAUUGUCUGUUCCUUAAAGGAGUGUAUAACAAAGCUAUAGAAAGCUACACAACGGCACUGUCCAUAAGGCCGGAUGAUAAGACAUGCUUUGUUGGCCGAGCCAAAUGUUUCAUGAAGAUGGGGCAGUUUGAAAACGCAUUGAAAGAUGCUGAGGCUUCACUCAAAGAAGACAAGACAUAUUUCAAGGGGUUGUACCAGAAAGCCGAGGCAUUGUACUACAUGGGAAAAUUUGAAUUUGCACUGGUGUUUUACCACAGAGGACAAAAGCUGCGUCCUCUAAUGCAGGAGUUUAAACUGGGUAUUCAAAAAGCAGAAGGUGCCAUAGAGAAUUCUGUUGGCAGCCCUUCUUCUGUAAAACUUGAGAUUAAGGGAGGCCUAACAUUGCUCCCUGAGGAAGAGAAGAGGGAACAGCCCAUCACCGCUACUCAGCAUCCGACCACAAAACAGCAAAACCAGAAGAAGUGUGAGAAGACAACAAAACAACUGCUUGGAGAGUUUUACAGUGAUAAGAAGUUUCUCGAAAACCUGCUUCACAAUGAAGACUUGGCAAAAGGUAAGACAAAGGGUGGGGAACGAUUGCAGGACGUUAUUCAAAGCUGCCUCUCAUCCAUUGACACUUGCACAAAGUUUUUGAGUCAGAAGAAACCAAUCAGUGCACCCAAAGGGCAGUGUAAGCAAAAAUGUAGCAAGCCCCACCGUAGCCCACCCUGUGAGCCUGCUCUGUUUCUGUUGAAGAGCCUGGAUGAGAUUGAUACAGCGUUGACAUCUGGAAAUGCUGAGGGUAGUCUCAGGAAGGCAGAAGAAGUGAUGAAGGCCUUGCAGGGGUGGUCAGAGAGAGAUGUGCCGAAUAAGAAAGAGGUUUUGGGCAGCCUGCACAGUUGUGUUGGCAAUGCCUUGAUGGACUUGGGGGAUUUGGACAAAGCAUUAGAACACCAUCAAAAAGACUUGGAGUUGGCUUCACAGUGCAAACUUACACAGGCAAUGUCGAGGGCGCUGGACAACAUUGGGCAGGUUUAUGCCCAGACUGGACAGUACACACAGGCCAUUGAGUGCUGGGAGAAGAAGGUUCCCCUGGUCUCUGAUGUUCUGGAGAAGACCUGGCUGUUCCAUAACAUUGGUUGGUGUUAUCUGGAGCUUAAACAGCACCAAGAGGCCAGAGACUGCGGCAUCCGUUCAGUCGCUGCUGCUGAGGAAAUUGCUGAUGUAAAAUGGCAAAUAAAUGCCAAUGUUUUAGUGGCACAAUCAGAAUUGAAACUUGAAAACUUCGAAUCCUGUAUCUCGUACUUCGAGAGAGCCUUGUCCAAGGCCAGACUGCAAGAUGACCACUGUGCAGUGAAUGCCAUUCAGAAGGCUCUUGAUGAAGCAAAGCAACAUCUCCAGCAGUGAGAGUGGUCUACACACAAAAAAAACAACUAUUGAAUGAAAUUUGAUAGAAUAACAUUUUGCUUCUUUGUUGAGGACAUUUGGUUGGAAGAGCUUUAUAAAAUACUUUAUUACACUUAUUCAAAAGUCUUCAGCAUUAAGGCUUCUCCAGGUGAUAGGUGUAGGAUGGACUGUGGUUCACAGGAAGCAAAUCACUACCACUUUUUUUCAAGUACACACUUCUUUGUGUACGAUUCACAAAGAAUUAACAAAUGUUUUAGGGACAAAAUGUUACUUUUAAAUGGGUCGCAGAAAUCUUACAAUAACUAUGAAUGACUGAACUACACACUUAUUUAGAAUACAGAGCAGCUUUCAGCGAUGACAGAAAGCUGGUAUGAUAUAAUUCAUAAAAUCUUUAUAUUGGAAUGGAUCACCUCCUCUUUGAGGCUUUAGAAAAACAAUAGAGUAGUUCCAGAAAAAAAACCUGAAAUAUUUCCCAGAUACAACAGUCUUUAGUUAAGAUCAUUUUAUGUUUGUUAUAAACACCUGCACAUACACGUUUGUAGCUCCUUUUGCUUUUCUUUUUGAAUGGAAAACAUUGUCUUUGAUUUCUUCUUUGUUUUAUAUACCGUAACAAAAAAGGUAAGAUGGAUCACUCUGGGACUUGUGUUAAUGAUGACUGUAUUAUUAUUAUUGUUUGUAAUUCGGUGUGAUUCCAAAUAAAGAGAAUGUAAAGUAUGUAUGAUGUACUAAGGGCUUUAUGAACCGUUAUAAAACUGUUGGAGUAAAACACCCUUAUAGAUGAUUUUUUUUUCAGUAAAAUUGGAAGACGUAUUGGUGUACAGGUCUUGGAACAAGUUUCUAGUAGUCGUUUCCAGUUAUGAGCCAGGCACAAGAUCUUCAAGUGAGCCAUUAUGAGCUCAAAGCAUGACAUUCACAUCAGUCGCAUUAGUCUCACAGUGUUAUAGACAGCAGUGAAUUGUUUAGACAAGUCAUCUUUUCCCUGAACAGUAAAAGAUAUGUAUGAAGGGGUAGUAUUUAAGAGCACCAAAUCCGGCUUACAUCAUUUCCUGAAUGACCUUUGAACAACAGAUUCUACUAUUUUGAGUGCUAAUAUUGUUAGUUGCACUCUUGAGUUUCAUUGCAGAUUUCUAUGAAAAACUGAAACAUCGAUCCCGAAAACGAAUCACUAAGCAUACGAAUAGGAAUUUUAAUUUUAAUUUAGUACAGUACACGUGUAUCCUGCCAACAAAAAAGUCAUUUUGCCUUUUGAUAACACAAAAUACCCCAUAGGGCCUCCUACUUGCUGCAGCAAACUUCCAAUUUUCCCAUCUUUACACUUGUUAUCAGAGUACAUUAUGAUUUACUCAACAAUGACAAUAACCUGAUGA